UAUAAGCUCUUCAUAUACCACUAAGACUUGAAGCGGGAAGGAGGAGUAGGAAGGGUUACUUGGUUUGUGUGCAGUCUAAGGUUGACGAAACCUGCAGGAAGUAAAGCUUUGCUGUCCGUCACAUUAUUUUGCAGCCAUCUCUGUGAGAAUAGAAAAAAACUGGGCAUUAUGUCCUCGGAGACCGUAGCGCUCGGACCGACGACGAUGAGUAACGGAGGAACCGCGCUGCGUUCACCUGCCGUUGGCAACAAAGUGACCGUGGUACUCGGAGCCCAGUGGGGCGAUGAGGGCAAAGGAAAGGUUGUGGAUUUGAUAGCUCAGGAGGCAGACAUCGUAUGUAGAUGUCAGGGAGGGAACAAUGCUGGUCACACGGUUGUUGUGGAUUCUGUAGAGUAUGAUUUCCACCUUCUACCAAGUGGCAUUAUAAAUCCAGAAGUGACUGCUUUCAUAGGAAAUGGGGUGGUAAUCCACCUGCCGGGCCUAUUCGAAGAAGCUGAGAAGAACUGUGGAAAAGGGCAAAGUUUAGCUGGUUGGGAGAAACGAUUAGUUAUAUCCGACAGGGCACACAUUGUGUUUGACUUCCAUCAAGCUGCAGAUGGGAUCCAGGAACAGCAAAGACAAGAACAAGCUGGUAAAAAUUUAGGAACCACAAAGAAAGGUAUUGGUCCUGUGUACUCUUCAAAAGCUGCUCGAAGUGGUCUAAGAAUGUGUGACCUUGUAUCUGAUUUUAAUGAAUUCUCCAAGAGGUUUACACUGUUGGCAAACCAGUACAAGUCAAUGUACCCCUCCCUGGAAAUUAAUAUUGAAGGUGAACUGGAGAAGCUUAAGAGCUAUGCAGACAGAGUAAAACCCAUGGUAAAGGAUGGUGUUUAUUUUAUAUAUGAAGCUCUUCACGGCCCUCCAAGAAGAAUAUUGGUAGAAGGGGCAAAUGCAGCGUUACUGGAUAUAGAUUUUGGAACGUACCCCUUUGUAACAUCUUCCAAUUGUACAGUUGGUGGAGUCUGUACAGGCCUGGGUAUUCCACCUCAGAGCAUUGGCGAAGUAUACGGUGUUGUGAAGGCAUACACUACACGUGUUGGGAUUGGUGCUUUUCCUACCGAACAAAAUAAUGAAAUAGGAGAUCUGCUACAAACACGUGGCCAUGAGUUUGGGGUUACUACUGGAAGAAGAAGAAGAUGUGGGUGGCUGGACCUAGUUCUGCUUCGAUAUGCUCAUAUGAUCAAUGGAUUCACAGCGCUGGCUCUUACCAAGCUUGACAUUUUGGAUGUCUUCCCUGAAAUCAAAGUGGGUGUUUCCUACAAAAUCGAAGGGAAGACUAUACCUCAUUUUCCAGCAAAUCAAGAAGUUUUGAACAAAGCUGAAGUUGAGUAUGAAACACUCCCUGGAUGGAAUAAAGACACAUCUAAUGCCAGAACAUUUGAAGAGUUGCCAGAAAACGCUAAGAAAUACGUCCAAUUUAUUGAAGAAACGCUGGGUGUUCCUAUCAAAUGGAUUGGAGUAGGUAAAUCCAGGGAGUCGAUGAUUCAACGUUUCUAAGUAGGUUAAUGCAGCCGCAUAAUGGAACACCUCUGUGACCCCCGCACCAGGAAGCAGUCAUUGCGCCUGUUGAAGACCAGCCAUUGGAGCACACAGCAUAUCUACAACCAGAAUGAUCUGUAUCUUGGUUAAGAACUGGAUAUAUUGUGUGUGAUACUUUCUGUAGACUGUGUGUGUUUAUACACGCGUUUAAUCUCCCUCUCUAUUUGUCUUUUUCUCUGUCCUGUCUGAGUUUGUAUGAUUGCCUCAAGAUAAGUAGAUUAAAAUAGUGGAUUGUGUGACUGAUGUAAAUGCUUAGGGAACAUUACAAAGUUAUUCCUCAUGUGUGUGUGUGUGUGUGUGUGCAUAUGCUUGUAUGCCUUUUAACAAAAAAUAAAUAUAUAUAUAUAUGAGAGGGACUGGGGAAGGGGGUCUUAAAUGCAAUGAAAAUCAUUUUGCUUUAAAGGGAAUUUGUGCUGUACACAAAGUAAUUCUGUUACACUGCUUAACGUGCAACAUUCUGUUUCAUCUGGUUGGCAGUUUGAUUAAAGAUCUCUUUUUAUGACUUAUAUUGUAAAAAAAAAAAAAUAAUAAUAAACUUCACUAUGUGGCUG